CUUGAAAUGGAGGCUACAGGAGACGAUUCCAAUCACGAAAGGCUGACAUUUCUGGCUUUAUCUUGCCUAAAAUUUCGGCCCAGAAUAAUUUUGCCUAAAUACUAACCCUAGAUCGUCGAUGUAUAUAUGAAAUUUUCUUCAGUGAGCUAAGCUCCCGCAGCCACUGUAUAUUUUUUCUUCAUCCUCUUCCGUCUUUCCGGACUUAUGAUUCAUCCCUCCUGCUCCGACUUCGUGCCCUCCUUCCUCUAAGAUCCCAUCCACUAAAUCCCCUCUCCCAUAUCAUCUCCUGUCCCAUCUAUCCUCACAACCGCUUCAUCGCUUCGAUGUACCCUCACCAUCACGCCGUCGUUCCGAUCUGCCUUUACUGUCGCUCCAUCGGUCCGAUCUGUCCUCAAUGACUUAAUUAAGAAUCUGAUUGAUGAUCGUCGAUCCGGUUUAUCCUCUAUGUCGAAGCGGGCUGUGUGCACCUAUGAGGUGUCCAAAGGGAGAGGAGGAAGAAGAAACCAAAGGGAGAAGCAAGAAAGGAAGGAAGAAGGGAUCAAUAAAGAAAAAGAAGAUAGUGGAGAUAGCCAACCGUGAUAAAGUAAAAGUUGGAGGGGGUGAAGAGAAUGAACACUCAUUCCAACACGUGCGCUCGGAACUUCCGAGAGAGAUUUUGGAAAUAAUCAUCGGUCACUUGAACUUGAUGGAUAACAUCCGCGCUUCUGCUGUUUGCAAGACAUGGAAUUCUGUUGCCCGCUUUGUCAGAGUUUCCAACAAACCUCCUUGGCUUAUGUUCCUCCCAAAGUUUGGUGACUUGGUAGAUUUCUAUGACCCUUCAUUGCGCAAGACCUACUCUGUUGAGUUACCUGAGUUGCGUUCCUCCAGGCUUUGUUACACCAAGGAUGGAUGGUUGCUACUCUACAAGCCUAGAACCCAACGCGUUCUUUUCUUCAAUCCCUACUCUCGACAAUUAAUCAAUUUGCCCAAACUAGAAUUGACGUACCAAAUUGUUGCGUUCUCUGCUGCUCCUACUUCUCCCAAGUGCAUUGUGUUUACUGUUAAGCAUAUCAGCCCGACUUUGGUUGCCAUUAGCACUUGUUUCCCUGGAGCAACUGAGUGGACAACAGAGCAUUACCAGAAUCGCUUACCAUUUGUGAGCAGUAUAUGGAAUAAAUUGGUUUUCUGCAAUGGAUUGUUCUAUUGUCUGAGUCUGACAGGAUGGUUGGGGGUUUAUAAUCCAGAGCAGCAUUCGUGGGUUGUUCGAGUUGUUCCUCCACCUAGAUGCCCGGAGAAUUUCUUUGUCAAGAACUGGUGGAAGGGGAAAUUUAUGGCAGAACAUAAUGGAGACAUUUAUGUCAUAUAUACUUGCUCUAGUGCCAACCCAGUGAUAUACAAGUUAGACCAAGCUAAUAGAGUCUGGGUGGGGGUGCAAACGCUGAGUGGGUUGACACUGUUUGCAAGUUUCUUGUCAUCCCAAGCAAGGACAGAUGUCCUUGGGUUGAUGCGGAAUAGCAUUUACUUCUCUAAAGUUCGUUUCUAUGGCCGGCGGUGCAUAUCCUACUCAUUGGACCACGACAGAUACUACCCCCGAAAACAGUGUUAUGAUUGGGGGGAACAAGAUCCAUUUGAAAGCAUUUGGAUUGAACCACCAGAGGACCUUUCAGCCUUUGUUUAGAUGACUUGUGGUCCCAGGUAAUACUACUGGUGAUAGCUACAUUCUGCAAUUUUCAUGUUAAUUUAAUCAAUGUACAUUAUUUUUAUUUAUGUUUUCAAAUGUUUUUCUGCAUCUGAUAGUCAUUUGUAUGUCUUAGCAUGUUUCUUGUAAUUGCAGAGCAGCUUGUGUAAUACAAAUUAUAAUCAUUAUUUAUACAAUGCUAUAUUUGUAAGUUCUAUUCUCAUGAGCCCAACGCUAAUUCCCAUUUUAGUUCUGUUAGGACUGAUUUUCAAUAUGAAUCAAGUAACAAGCCUGUUUUAUUUAGCGUUUUAUUUCGAUUAUUAGUUUGAUAUUUGCUUUGUUUAUUUACGAUUGGUCAACCCCCAAUCGUAAGUACUUUCAAAUCUUUUUUAGCAACUUGUUUAUUUUUGUGUUAUAGGUGUACAUGUAACUACUCCCAUGUAAAUCGUAAGUAGUCAUGUUUUAUUAUGUUAUACUCUCUCCGUCCCAAUUUGAUGGUCUCAUUUCUUUUGGACACAAAUUUUAAUAAAGUGAUUGAAAAGGUUAAAGUUGUGGUUGAGAUUUGAGUAGAAAAAAAUGAAAUGAUGUGAACCACAUCUUUCUUUCCAAAAAGGGAAACAAGACCAUCAUUUUGGGACAUCCCAAAAAGGAAAUACGGGACCAUCAUUUUGGGGUGGAGGGAAUAAUAAUUUUCUCUAUUUCUGUGUGUGUAGCUGUUAGAUUUCACGAGAUAUCACAUUUAUCUCUAGUUGGAUCUGUUGGUUGAAUUGAAUGUAUCAUAUUUAUGUUUGCAAUUCACCUUUGAUCAAAUUAGUCUUUUUCUAAAACAAAAUAGUUUUUUCCAACAUUAGCUUUGUAUUCAACUCUUCAAUUAAUAUUGUGGAUGGUGUACUUCAAAUUAAUGGAGUGCUCAAUAUGUUGCAUAUAUUACUUAUUAUCAAAUAAAAUCCUUUAUAUUGAAAUUUACUAUCUAUGCAGGUAUAUAUAUUUAUGCGAUUCUUGAAACCUAUGAAGGUCCAUAAAAUCUAUGUGCCUUCAUCAACAAUCUAGGACUCAAGAGGUCCUGCAGUCAAAAGUAAACAAAAAAAGAGACUGUUGAACAACUUCGUGUUAGUCUUGUAUUAUUUUCAAGAUGAAUGCUCUUGUUAUCCAUAAAUCUGAUCCCAACUUGUUUAUAUGUCAUCCCAUCCUUUAAAAUUUGUACUUUUUCGAUCAUAUUUAUGUUUAGUCACAAUAAUUUUACAAGUGAUGUCUCACCUUAACACAUUGUCCAAUUUUGCGUUUUUUGCUUUUCAGUUAAAUUUUAGAUUUCUAACUGGAGAAUAAGAUUGAAUAUAUGAAUACACCCUUCAACUUUAUGUGAACCCUUCAAGUCU